GGCGACGGUGAGGGGCGGUGGCCGGCGGCGGGAGAUUCAAACUUGGAGAAGGAGCAACAUGGAGGGGAGAGGAGCGGGCCCUGGCCGGGCUGUCUGUGGCCGCCUCACAGCUGAGGAGAUGGACCAGCAGAGGCGGCAGAACGUGGCCUACCAGUACCUGUGCCGGCUGGAGGAAGCCAAGCGCUGGAUGGAGGCCUGCCUGAAGGAGGAACUUCCGCCCCCAGUGGAGUUGGAGGAGAGCCUCCGGAACGGGGUGCUGCUGGCCAAGUUGGGCCACUGUUUUGCGCCUUCUGUGGUUCCCCUGAAGAAGAUCUAUGACAUGGGGCAGCUGCGGUACCAGGCAACCGGCUUGCAUUUCCGCCACACAGACAACAUCAACUUCUGGCUGUCCGCGAUUGCCCACGUCGGUCUGCCUGCGACCUUCUUCCCGGAGACCACAGACAUCUAUGACAAGAAGAACAUGCCCCGCGUGGUCUACUGCAUCCACGCACUCAGCCUCUUCCUCUUCCGACUGGGACUGGCUCCUCAAAUCCAUGACCUGUACGGGAAGGUGAAAUUCACAGCGGAGGAACUCAGCAACAUGGCCUCGGAACUGGCCAAGUAUGGCCUCCAGCUGCCUGCCUUCAGCAAAAUCGGGGGCAUCCUGGCCAGCGAGCUCUCGGUGGAUGAGGCAGCAGUCCACGCAGCUGUACUUGCCAUCAAUGAGGCAGUGGAGGCUGGGGUGGUCGAGGACACCCUGGCUGCCUUGCAGAACCCCAGCGCUCUGCUGGAGAACCUUCGAGCGCCUCUGGCAGCCAUCUACCAGGAGCUGCUGGCCCAAGCCAAGAUGGAGAAGGCCGCCAGUGCCAGGAGCCGCGGUGAUGGAGAAAGCCAGGACGUCUAUGACUGCUACCUAACUCAGGCUGAAAUCCAGGGCCACAUCAACCAGGUCAAUGUCCUUGGGGCUCUUGAGGCUGUUGAUGACGCCCUGGAGAGACAGAGCCCUAAGGCCUUGCUGGAGGCCCUUGGGGACCCCGCCCUGGCCCUGCGAGGAGUGAGGAGAGACUUUGCAGACUGGUACCUGGAACAGCUGAGCUCUGACAGAGAGCAGAAAGCACAGGAGCUGGGCCUGGUGGAGCUUCUGGAAAAGGACGAGGUCCAGGCUGCAGUGGCUGCUGCCAACCUGAAGGGUGAUCGGGAACAAGCCAUGCUCCAGGCUGUGGCGAGGAUCAACAGAGCCAUCCAGAGGGGCGUGGCCGCUGACACCGUGAAGGAGCUGAUGAGCCCCGAGGCCCAGCUGCCCCCCGUGCACCCCGAGGCCUCGGCUGUGUACCAGCAGGAGCUGGCUGUGCUCCAGCGGCAGCAACAGGGGGAGCUGGGCCAGGAAGAGCUCUUCGUGGCCGUGGAAAUGCUCUCAGCUGUGGUCCUGAUCAACCGUGCUCUGGAGGCUGGGGAUGCCAGCGGCUUCUGGAACAGUCUGGCGAACCCUGCCACAGGCUUGGCCGGGGUGGAAGGCGACAGUGCUCAGCGUUACUUUGACGCGCUGGUCCGACUGCGACAGGCGUGCGGCCUGGACGGGGCCUUCCUGAGCUGGACCGAGCUGCAGGCCACCGUGAGCCGGGUCAACGCGCAGGUCCAGGAAGAGACCGACCAGGUCCUUGCCGUCAGCCUCAUCAACGAGGCCCUGGAUCAGGGCAGCCCCGAGAAGACCCUGUCCGCCCUGCUGCUGCCUGCAGCUCGCCUGGACCAUGUCAGCCUCCCCGUCGCCCCUCGCUACCACCACCUCCUGGUGGCAGCCAGAAGGCAGAAAGCCCAGGGGACGGGCGAUCCUGGAGCUGUGCUGUGGCUGGAGGAGAUCCUCCGGGAAGUGGCUAGAGCCAACCAGGACACGGACACGGCUCAGAGAAUGGCUCUUGGUGUGGCCGCCAUCAAUCAGGCCAUCAAGGAGCGCAAGGCCGCCCAGACGGCGCGAGUGCUGAGGAACCCCGCUGUGGGCCUCCGAGGGGUGGUGCCCGACUGUGCCCACGGCUACCAGCGAGUUCUGGAAGGUGCCAUGGCCAAGAAGCAGCGCCCAGGAGACACUGCGCUCUGGGCUCAGCAGGACAUGAAGGAUGGCACCGCCUACUACUUCAAUCUGCAGACCUUCGAGGGCACCUGGGAGCGACCCCCUGGCUGCCGCCUCAACACCUCCCACCUGACUCGGGAGGAGAUCCAGUCAGCCGUCACCAAGGUCACCGCUGCCCAUGACCGCCAACAGCUCUGGAAGGCCCACGUGGGCUUCGUCGUCCAGCUGCAGGCCCGCCUCCGCGGCUUCCUGGCCCGGCGGGAGUUUGCUGAGCGUUCCCUCUUUCUGAGGACCUGGCUCCCGGCAGUCACCAAGAUCCAGGCUCAUUGGCGGGGCUACAGGCAGCGGAAGGUUUACCUGGAACGCUUGCAGUACUUAAGAGCAAACACAGGUGCCAUAAUCAAGAUUCAGGCGUGGGCCCGGAUGUGGGCGGCUCGGAGGCGGUACCGGAGGCGUCUGGGCUACUUCCAGAAGAAUGUGAACUCCAUUGUGAAGAUCCAGGCAUUUUUCCGAGCCGGGAAAGCCCGGGGUGACUACAGGACGUUGGUCCACGCGCCCCACCCCCCACUCAGCGUGGUCCGCAGGUUUGUCCACCUCUUGAAUCAGAGCCAGCGGGACUUCCUGGCUGAGGCAGAGCUGCUAAGGCUGCAGGAAGAGGUGGUCAGGAAGAUCCGGUCCAACCAGCGGCUGGAGCAGGACCUCAAUCUCAUGGACAUCAAGAUUGGCCUGCUGGUGAAGAGCCGGAUCACGCUGCAGGAGGUGGUCUCCCACUGCAAGAAGCUGACCAGGAAGAACAAGGAGCAGCUGUCAGAGAUGAUGGCUCUGGACAAGCAGAAGGGAUUAAAGUCGCUGAGCAAAGAGAAACGGCAGAAGCUGGAAGCGUACCAGCACCUCUUCUACCUGCUGCAGUCCCAGGUGCGUGAGCAGCCACGCCCAUCGUCCCCUUGCUCACAGACUCAGCCCAUCUACCUGGCCAAGCUGAUCUUCCAAAUGCCGCAGAACAAAACCACCAAGUUCAUGGAGUCGGUGAUUUUCAGCCUGUACAACUACGCCUCCAACCCCCGCGAGGCUUAUCUACUGCUGCAGCUGUUCAGGACGGCGCUCCAGGAGGAAGUCAGGUCAAGGGUGGAGCGGCCCCAGGAGGUGGUGACUGGUAGCCCAACGGUGGUGAGGCUGGUGGUGCGGUUCUACCGCAAUGGGCGGGGCCAGAGCGCCCUGCGGGAGAUCCUGGGCAAGGUGACCCGGGACGUGCUGGAGGACAAGACGCUCAGCCUGCACACAGACCCUGUCCACGUCUACAAGAGCUGGGUCAACCAGACCGAGGCCCAGACAGGCCAGCGCAGCCACCUCCCCUACAGUGUCACCCCAGAGCAGGCCCUGAGCCACCCUGAGGUCCAGAGACGACUGGACAUCUCCCUCCGGAACCUCCUUGCCAUGACCGAUAAGUUCCUCGCGGCCAUCAUCUCAUCUGUGGACCACAUGCCCUACGGGAUGCGGUACAUGGCCAAGGUCCUGAAGACGGCUCUGGCAGAGAAGUUCCCCAGGGCCCCGGAGGACGAAGUCUAUAAGGUGGUCGGGAACCUGCUGUACUACCGCUUCCUGAACCCUGCUGUCGUGGCCCCCGAUGCCUUUGACGUCGUGGCCAUGGCGGCCGGUGGUGUCCUGGCUGCCCCUCAGCGCCACACGCUGGGGGCUGUGGCUCAGCUCCUGCAGCACGCCGCGGCCGGCAAGGCCUUCUCUGGGGAGAGCCCGCACCUGCGCGUCUUGAACGACUAUGUGGAGGAGACAUACCCCAAGUUCAGGAGGUUCGUGUGCCGCGCCUGCCAGGUGCCAGAGCCAGAAGAGCGUUUCGCGGUGGACGAGUACUCGGACAUGGUGGCUGUGGCCAAGCCCGUGGUGUACGUCACCGUGGGGGAGCUGGUCAACACGCACAGGCUCUUGCUGGAGCACCAGGACCACAUUGCCCCCGACCCCCGCGACCCCCUGCAUGAGCUCCUGGAGGACCUUGGGGAGCUGCCCGGCGUCCCCGACCUCGUUGGAGAGAAUGGCGCGGAGGAUGGCAGCAUGGAUCUGAGCAAGCUGGAAGUGUCCCUGACACUCACCAACAAGUUUGAAGGGCUAGAGACAGACGCUGAGGACACCAGCGCCCAGAGCCUGCUCCUGAGCACCAAGCAGCUGCUGGCCGACAUCCUGCCCUUCCAACCCGGGGCCUCCCUCCAGGACACGCUGUCCCUCUUGGCCUCCGGGGAGCAGGAAGCAGCCCACAGGAGGCUGAUGUGCCGACGCCAGGCUCAGGAGGCCCAGACCCCGCAGCCUCUGCGAAGGCGCCGCUCGCUGGCGGCUCAGUGCCUCCUGCCGCUGGCCGAGAAGCAGCGCCGUGUCCUGAGGAACCUGCGGCGGCUGGAGAGCCUGGGCGUGGUCAGCGCCCACGACGGCUACCAGGGGCUGGUGGACGAGCUGGCCAAGGACAUCCGCAGCCAGCACAGGUACCGGCAGCGGCGGAAGGCAGAGUUACUGAGGCUGCAGGCCACGCUGCGGGGCCUGGACGCCAAGGCCACCUUCUAUGAGGAGCAGGGCGACUACUACAGCCAGUACCUCCGGGCCUGCCUGGGCCACCUGGCCCCCGGCUCCAGGAAUUCUGGGAAAGGAAAGAAGCAGCCCUGUCUUCAUUACACUGCUGCCCAGCUCGUGGAGAAGGGCGUCUUGGUGGAAAUUGAAGAUCUCCCCAGCAAUCACUUCAGAAAUGUGAUUUUUGACAUCACUCCUGGAGACGAGGCAGGAAAAUUCGAAGUCAACGCCAAGUUCCUGGGUGUGGACAUGGAGCGAUUUCAGCUUCACUAUCAGGACCUCCUGCAGCUCCAAUAUGAGGGUGUGGCUGUCAUGAAACUCUUCAGCAAGGCCAAGGUCAACGUCAACCUGCUCAUCUUCCUUCUCAACAAGAAAUUCUUCCAGAAGUGACAGGCAGUGGGUGCUGCCCGCCUGCCUUCCCUGGCUGGAUGCUUUCCCCGCACUCACUGCUCCGCUUCCUGCAGACCCAGGGCUCGCGCUGGGCCAGUCUCGGGGCCACGGGCAGGGGCGCCAAGUGGCCAAGUCGGCCUUGCCCCAGAGUCUGGCUGUGCGGCUUGGAGGUCCUGGAACCCCACUGUUUCUGAGCAAGAUGGCAGGGCGUGAACCUCAGUGGGCAGAACCCUGCCCUCCAGCCUGGGGAGGCCCUGCUGCGGGUCUGCUGCUGCCCCCGCGUGGUCACCUCAAUAUUGCAUGCACUGCUCCCGACCAGCCCUCAGGCUCCCUAGGCCCGCCCCCACUUGGGCAGCCGGGGGUCCCUGCCCUGCUGAGGCCCAGGAGGAGGCAGAGGCAGCUGACCCUCCAUCCCCUCAGGUCCCAUCCCUUUGUUUACGGGUGUGUCUUCUAUGGGGGUCACUAGAGUAUUUAUUCUCCCUCGACCAGCCCUGCGCUUGGCAUAACUGUGCAGCCUGAAUCAUGGUGUGAAUUCUUUCACCUCUGAGCUCCGAGUGCUCAUGUCCUUGUUCACACUAAUACCGUGCCAACCUCAUUCCUUGUGCUUGAGGUCACCUUAGGCCAGGGCUUCGGCCUUGUUCUCUGAGCUCCAGACGCAGAGAGCUGCCUUCCCUUUUCUCUUCCACCCGCGGGACACGCACAGAGCAGUUUCCACAGAUCUGCAGUCUUGCCUCUGGCCGCACAUCUACCAAUUCCUGUCCCUGUUGCCUUUCUGAUUCCAUUUUAAUAAAAGCAGCUGUUA